AUUCUUCAUACAUCUCAAAAUUUUUGGUGAUAAAUUAAAAAUUAUAGGAUUAUCUGACUGCUAAACAUGAAAAUACAAAAGAUAUAAAAGAUUAUGUUAUAAUGUUUGCAUUAAAAAGAAGUCUUCAUAAAAAAUCAUUAUGUACUUUUUUUCGAUAUUCCUCUUUUGGGCGAAAGACGCAUUAUGAGACCCUCAACUUACAGAAAGACUGCAGUGACAAAGACAUCAAAGAUGCAUUUAUAAAAUUGAGUAAGCAGUACCAUCCAGAUAAAAACAAAGAUGCAAAAGCACAAGAGAAGUUUGUUAAAAUCCUUGAAGCUUACAAUGUUCUCGGAAAACCGGGCAGCCGAGCGGAAUAUGAUAACACAUCUUAUGUGAGCUAUGGUGGCAAUGAGUAUGUUUACAGAAGCAAUAAUUAUAAUAAUUACCAAUCAUACAAUCAAACAGCGAACCAGCAAUAUAAUUUUUACAACGAACCACGGAGACAGUCUCAGGUAGAUCCAGAUGCGUACUACGGUUUCAAGGGAAUCAAGAAGGUGCCUAACUUUGCCAUCAUAGCACUUGCCCUCGGAAUUGCCGUUAUAGGUGUCAUCUUGCAGUAUGUUGUUAUAAAAAAAUCAUACUUUUUACAUCAGAAGCAUUUGCAAGAGAAGCAACAGAAAAUAUCAGAGGAAUAUAACAGAGUUAGAGCAUCUGCACAUGGGAAGACCAAUGAGAUGCAAACUCAAAUGAUGUUAGACAAAUUGAUAGCUGCAGCUGCUGAGGAGAAAAGAGGAUAAAUUAUGU